AUGGCCAAUUCUGGGUCAGCACCGCCCUCCAAGCUUCGUAUCCUCUCCCUGAACUGCUGGGGACUGAAGUUUCUAGCCAAAUACCGCAACGAGCGCCUCAUAGAGAUCGGAAACCAGAUCGCCGCUGCGAGCCCGCAGCCAGAUAUUGUCGGACUCCAAGAAUGCUGGACACAACAGGACUACAACGCCAUUCGCGAUAGGACGCGCAGUUUUUUGCCAUAUGGGAAGUUCUACCAUAGCGGUAUCUUUGGGGGUGGUCUGGUGAUUCUGUCGAGAUGGCCCAUCGUGGAGAGCAGCAUGAUGAGGUACCCAUUGAACGGGCGGCCGGCUGCAUUCUACCGUGGGGACUGGUAUGUGGGCAAAGGAGUAGCCUGUGCACGUAUACGGAUGGGCCCAGAAAGGAGAGACGUUGCUGAGAUCUUUUGUACACAUCUUCAUGCUCCCUACGAAACUGAACCUCACGACUCCUACAUAUGCCACCGAACAGCGCAAGCAUGGGAGAUUGCGAAGCUCAUGCACGGAGCUGCAGAAAGAGGACAUCUCGUCAUUGCUUUGGGGGAUUUCAACAUGGUCCCACUAUCGCUCGCACAUCGCAUUAUCGAAACGCAGUCCCCAGGGCGAGACGUCUGGCGAAUACUACACCCCGAGUCUUCUAUUGGCGCUGCGAAGGACAAGGUGGAGAAGCAGCGAGGGGUUCCCAUUCCCAACGCCCAUUUCAACCUCACAGUCAAUGGCGCAACGUGCGACAGUGUGCUGAACAGCUGGCGCUGGAAUAAAGCUCACAAAAGGCGUCUCAGGAAGGGCGAGAAUGUGGUGAUAGAGCUCGAUGUCCCAGACCCCAACGCCAAACGUUUGGACUACAUCUUCUUCAGUAGUGGAUCCCAUCACGACUCUACGACUGGCGAGGCAACUUCGGAAUGGACUUUGGAGUCUGCUAAUGUUGGUAUGACGGGGAGGCACCCGACCUUGCAUUGCUCCCUCAGCGACCACUUCUCUGUCGAAGCGACUCUGGUGCGCAGCGUUUCCAGCGCUACUGAACCGUCCCGCAGCAAUGGACCGUGGGCACUGCCGGAAACUUACCUCCCGAUCUCCACAUACGAUGAGAUCCUGACGACCAUUGCAAAGUAUAUGAGGCGGGAGCAGGUGCAGCGGCAACUACGUCUUGGGCACUGCUUAUUCCAGCUCGUCCUCUCCAUUGGCUGUCUGAUCGGGGUGUGGUGGGUACCGCACAACUAUGUUGCGUUCAUCCUGAUGCUCGUCAGCACUUUGAGCCUGAGCACGGGUGUGAUUGAUGGCCUCAUGGGUGGCUUGUUCGUAGGGAGCGAGUUGAGAGCGCUUAAAGAGUUCCAGUGGGAAGUCAGCAAUACAAGAGCUCGAGCUGUCGAUUUCAGCGCGAAAGACUCUCCGAAGCUGUCGCUGGAGACGAGGAGAGAGAUGACGUAA